AUGGUGGAGAGGUUCAACAGGAUAGGUGUGAAGGGCCAAGGGAGUUUUACAGGUCAAGAAGGGGUGGGGAGCGGCGGGACACUGGAGAAGGAUGUGGACGGGGCGCGGCGAGGCCCUGCAAACCACAACGGAACCCUUACGACGCUCCUUGACAGCUUGCAGACGACGCCGCCCACCCACCCACCCAUUCACCCACCCAAGCCUACCACUUCACGACCCACCCACUCACCCACACACCCACUCACACCCACUCACACUCACCCACAACCUCGCACGCACGCUUCCCACCCACUUUCUAAGCAACAUAUGAGAGUUCACCCACGCCCACCCACACAUCUGCACCCCACACGCCCGCCCACACGCACACCUGCCACCCACGCCUCCACACGCCCAGGGAACCGUGAAAAGAGAGGCAGUCCCUCCCCAUCACCCCCACCCAUACCAACACAUCCACCCAUCCACCCACCCACCCACCCACCCAAAUCCCUGUUGAGACGUCCUUGUAGUCCCACCCACACACCUCCGCCCACACAUCGACGCCCACCACCCACGCGCCCACCUGUAGAGGACGUGGGUGCCCGGGUAGUGUAA